GUGCUCAGUACGUAGUCGAGCAUAAUGUCAACAAGAGGUGGCUUCAUUCGGCUCACAAUUCUGGUGACGGUGGCCGUCUUGGCGAUCUUCGUCCUCCUAAGUGCUCUCCAGCGCACGGAUCAUCUCAAACCCACUCCCUUGGGCCAAUAUGGUGUUAGUGUGGAGGCCGGACUGGCUGCAAAAGUAACUCCCCCACCGAUUCGGCACCUGGAGGAGCCCAUAAAAGAGGAACUUGUGCGGCAAUUGGAGCAGGAACUGCCAGAGGUGGACUAUGGCUUCUGGUACCACUGGGCCAAACCCAUGGGCUACAAGAUAAACAAAACAUGUGCUGUAUAUCCCGAUCCCCUGGACCUGCAGCUGCACAACAUCUACUGGCAGACCUUCGUCAACGCGAACGUGACCUUUCGGCUAUACGCCGCCUACUUGGACAAGCGGAAAGGGCUUAAAUUGCCAACGGUAAGGAUUUUGGCCACUGCCAAUCAGAUCGACAACGAGUUCCCACCAACCCAUUGUCAAAUGUGGUUUGAGGGAUAUCGGCAGCCCAUUUUUGUACCCGUGGCGGAGUUCCUGAGUGUGUGGGUCGAGGCGUGGGGCAAUAAGCCGAAUCUUAACUACCCGCACCUGUUGAGCUGUCCGGUUCCCAGUGAAUUGCCGCCGCCUACGGUGAACUCCUUUCCAAAAACAGUUUCCCUAGUUGCGCGGCAUUGCGAAAAGGCGGGAAAUUCGCUGAGGGUCAAUAUGAAUCGGAAGCAGUCACUGCCCGUGGUGAUCCCGCCCUCUCAAAAUCCCAAGUCCCAAAAUGCCACUAUCCAAAGUCAAAAUGAAGCUCUUCAGAACUUUGGAGUUUGCCUCAAGGGAUUCGAUUUUCCCUAUGUGGAUUUAUCAGAGCGCCUUAUCGAGUGGUUUGAGCUGCAGCGAAUUUUGGGAGCCUCACGGAUCUACGCCUAUAUGUACGAUGUUCAUCCAGCGGUGCAGAGGGUCCUCGACUACUAUCAGCGCACUGGAUACUUGGAGCUGAGACCUUUGACCCUGGCCAAUGGAAUGCCCAGACUGAGACACUACCAGCACAUGUUGCUGCAGCACAGGAAACUAGAGAAAAGACUAAACGAACUGAUACCCUACAACGAUUGCUUCUACAGGAAUCUGUACCGGCACGACUAUCUGGUCAACGUGGAUGUGGAUGAGGUAAUAAUGCCUCUGGGUGACAACCGCAACUGGCAUCAGUUGGUGCAGAAGGCUCACGCCCUAGAGGUCGAAAAGGGCGGCAAGUGUGCUGGUCGCUUCCCUGCCUUGUGCUUCAUCAAUUCGUACUUCACCAAAGUGCCCACCGAGUUCAGCAAUCACGAGGAGCAGGCUAUCGCCGGGGAGUUGUACGUCCUCCAGCACACACAGCGGAUCAAGAACUACUCUAUGCCAGGACGGGCUACCAAGUGCUUCCACAACGCCCGUCUAUCCUUGACGCUGCACAACCACUUUACCCUCAAGUGGCUGCCCGGCGGAUGUAACCCUCGGACCUUGAACACGUCCAUUGCCCAAAUGCAACACUACCGGGAACCCGAUGACAAAUAUAACCUAACCAAUCUGACGGAUGAUCGCAGCGUCUGGAAGUUUGCCGGCGAACUGCGGGCCGCUGUGGAGUAUGUGUGGCUUCAUCUGGACGAUGUGCUGGCCCAAGUCAGCGAUCCCGAGGAGCAGCAACAGCAGCUGGAGGAAUCGCUGGACCAGGAAGGUGACGAUCUGGACCGUGAGCAACAGCCACUUGUUCCACUGCCUCCGAAGCCAGUAUCAUGAUCAUUACAGCUAAGGUUUGUCUCGUAUUGUUGGUUCGUGUAGUGCUCCAAAGAUUAAACAGGUCAACUAACUAGUUUGUAGGCGUUUGUGUGUCAGAAUAGUUGGACAAGGGUUAAACGGUUGGUGGCUGUAUGCUUAUCUACAUUGCUGAUAAUAGAAUUCAUGCUUUAAUAGAAUUGGACAUCAAAGUGCCCCAAAAUGCUGUUGUCUGUGGAUAUACUUCCUGUAGCUAAAUAGUUCGACGUCGAAGUAAUUGUACAACCUUUUGUGUUUUUUUUUUUUUUUUUGCUAUUUAUUAUAUUUAUAUCGUGCGAUAAAUGUACUCACUAUGUUAAUUUAAGACUGUUCUAAAAAUAAAUGUUUACCCC